CCAGAUAUUCUCGCUCAUCUCUAGUGUUGAACAAUAAGAAGAUAAAUGUGUAAAGCUGAUCAUAAAUAUUGAUUUUAAAUUGUGCAGCUGAUAUUGUUAUAAGGAAAUCGAUUCAACGGAUAAACCCAAUUUUGUUUUUAAGAAACGUAACAUUUGGAAGUUGAAAAAAUGCAGACAAGCUUUGCUAAAGGAAAAACUAUGGAUAAGGAAAAUUUAGGUGCUUGGUCGAAUUCGCCGUCAGUUUUAAUAAUAGCAUAAAAGUUUAAGUACUCAAAUGCAGGUGCUGCUGACCCAAAGCAGGUGUCUAUAAUUACUUAAUUAGUGCAGCGUUGCCAUCAAGUAUAAAAGCCAUGUCAGGUGUGGACAUCUUAAACACUUGGACCGGCAACUGGCAUCGGUAGACAUGUUCAGGCGCAAGAAGCAGGAGCACGAUUUGUACACCUUUGAUGAUCUGACACGAUUCCCGAUGGUGUUUUACAAGACAAUUGGCGAGGAUCUGUACUCGGAGCGGGACAAGAAUCUGGUGCGUCGCUAUUUGCUGCGCUUGUAUCUGGUGUUGGGCUUUCUCAACUUCAAUGCGUAUGUUGUGGGCGAGAUCGCCUACUUUAUAGUGCAUAUAACAUCGACAACGACCCUGCUGGAGGCGACCGCUGUGGCGCCCUGCAUUGGCUUCAGUUUCAUGGCCGAUUUCAAGCAGUUCGGCUUGACGGUGAAUCGGAAAACAUUGGUCAAACUUCUGGACGAUCUGAAUGAAAUAUUUCCGAUAACCAUGGAGAAACAGAAAGCGUAUCAUGUGGCCUACUAUAAUAAGCACAUGAAUCGCGUCAUGUGGCUAUUCACCAUACUCUGCAUGACAUACACCUCUUCAUUCAGUUUCUAUCCGGCCAUCAAGUCGACAAUUAAGUAUUACUUUAUGGGCUCCGAGAUAUUUGAGCGUAAUUACGGCUUUCAUAUACUCUUUCCCUACGAUGCGGAAACGGAUAUAACCGUCUAUUGGUUCUCCUAUUGGGGACUCGCCCAUUGCGCCUAUGUGGCCGGCGUCUCCUAUGUGUGUGUGGAUCUAGUGCUCAUCACCACCAUCACCCAGCUGACCAUGCAUUUCAAUUAUAUGGCCGAUAUGCUUCACGAAUACGACGGGGAUGCCCACACCGAAGAUGAGAAUCUAAAAUUUGCCCAGGAUCUCGUGGUUUAUCAUUCGCGUGCCUUGGACCUCAGCGAGGAGGUGAACAACAUUUUCAGCUUUACAAUUCUGUGGAAUUUCAUAGCCGCCUCUCUGGUGAUUUGCUUUGCUGGCUUUCAAAUCACCGCCUCCAACGUGGAGGAUAUUGUGCUCUAUUUCAUAUUCUUCUCGGCAUCGCUGGUACAGGUGUUUGUUGUGUGCUAUUAUGGCGACGAGAUGAUCUCAUCGAGCUCUCGUAUUGGCGACUCGGCAUUCAAUCACAAUUGGCUGGGCUGCGGCUCGAAAUACAAGCAGAUCAUGCGUUAUAUUAUAAUGCGCAGCCAGAAGCCCGCCUCUAUACGACCGCCCACAUUUCCGCCCAUCUCGUUUAACACGUUCAUGAAGGUAAUCAGCAUGUCGUAUCAAUUUUUUGCCCUACUGCGCACCACAUACUAUGGCUGAGCCUUAAUACUCUACUAACCGCACUUUAAAUUCUUUAUGUAGAUUGCAUGUUAAUAAAUUAAACAGCU